AUGUCAAGCGCCCACCCAGACUUCGAGAAGACCCAAGCCGCGCGCCCAGAUUGGCGCCAGGGUGCCGAAAUUGUCUACACCAAGUCCCCAAACCCCACAUGGAAGUACGGAGAUGGAGCAAACGAUAACGGCGAGAGCUUGAAGAAGAACCACGUCGAGAUCGACCCCAAUGCCGAAGGCCGGCCUGCAGUCUCCAACUAUAAGCUCCUUAUCUCGGGAAUGGUGCCUCGGCCCAUCGCCUUGGUUAGCACUCGAUCAGCUGAUGGCAAGUCUACGAACCUGGCACCUUUCAGUUACUCGCAGGUCGCAAAGGAUACAUUGAAGAACCUGGCCGAGACGAAGGAAUGUGUUGUCAAUAUUAUCUCAGAACACUUCAUCGAGGCGGCUAAUUCUACUUGUAUCAAUGCUCCAUACGGUGUAUCUGAGUGGGAGACCUCGGGACUGCACCAGGCUCCCAGCGCCGUGGUCAAGGCUGCCCGUGUUAAGGAGUCCGUGCUGUCGAUUGAAGCUAAGCUUGUUGAAAUCAAGGAGUUUGAGAGUCGCGCUACUCCUGGCAAGAAGUCUGGUUGUAUGGCUAUGGUUGAAGGUGUUCGCUUCUGGGUCAGAGAUGAUGCUAUCAAUGAGGAGAGGAGUGCUAUCGACUUGAAUGUUUUAAAGCCUGUUAGUCGGCUUGGUGGUAUCACUUACGGUCGAACUACGGAGGUUAUUGAGAUUCCUCGGCCUCAGUACUAG